AUGUCAAUGAUAAUUGCUCAAACUCCUAAAACUUAUUUCGGCUCCGACAUUCAAAAAUCAUUAGGUUCUCUUCCUGGAUUUCCACAUCUUCCCGGUCAUAAUUACACUGGUCCAGGUACAAGGUUAGAUCUGCGAUUAGACCAAAAUGAUAGACCAAAACCAGGUGAAGAACCUGUCAAUAGAGUUGAUGCCGCUGCACUUAAACACGAUAUACUAUACAGAAAUAAAGACAUAACAUCCAGACACGAAGCAGACACACAAAUGAUAAUCGAACUUGAAAAUAUUCCAAAUCCAACUUUCAAAGAGAGAAUUCAAAGAGCAUUAAUCAUUAAACUCUUGAAAGCAAAAAUAAAAAUGGGUAUGGGAAUAGCAGAUGAAAUUCAUAAAGAAUUUAGAAACUUAACUGAUUAA